AUGUCAGACCCUCAAUAUUUAAGAUUUGGAGAUCAGAUUGCCCUAUAUUGCCAAGACUCUCGCGGUUAUGUAUUUUCUCAGUUAACUUGUUCCCAACAUUCUCGAAUCGCAAUCGGUGCUAACGAUAGACAAGGCCAGAAUGUACCUGAUUUAAAAUGUGCCUUGUUUCAACCUUUGCCACCAACUCGAUUCAAGGCACAAGAUAGAUUAGCUGAGCUAAAAUCGAGAUUUAACAAUCAAAGUGGAUUAGGUGUAAAGGAUGUUGAAGAAUUAGAAGACGCUGAGGAAGCUGCAGUAUCUGAAAUAGAGGAAAAUCGAAAUGAAUCUAAAAAUCUAGCUGCAAGUAUUCUGGUCUAUGGUCAAGUUAUCCAGUUAUUUCAUAUAUUUACAGCAAGAUUUGUGGGAAUCGAUCCAAACACCCCUUCUUGUGUAGAAAGGUUAAAUAAGAAGGUAAAAUUAUUUCAAACAAGCAAUAGCCAAUCUCUGUUUAAAAUUGUACCAAGAUCGAAAGUCAAACUGAACGGCGAUAAGAUAUCUUUAAAUGAUCAUGUCAUCUUCGAAAGCAUUGCAUAUCCCGAUUAUUACCUACAUUGUAGCCGGGGAACAUACGGUUACAAUGAAAUCGAGAGAGGAAGCUAUGAAUUAGAUCUUUCUGUUUUAAAAACUGAAUAUACCCUUGGGCUUCAUUAUCGACCAUCCCUCUAUCCGGAACACGAUCAGUUUAUAAAGCCUGGUAGUGUGCUACAGCUAUUUCAUCAUGAAGUUAAGGGUUACCUUACAGCAGAAGGAUCUUUCUUUGAUAAGGAAAUCAUUGAAGAACCCCAUAUAGGAAUAUGCAAAAAUAAGUCAAAUCUGUUACAAUAUCGCUUUCCAGUUAAUUCUGCCCAGGUUUGUUGGCAAGUUGAAUUCACCGAUGUUAAUCAAAGUUACGAAGGCCAUUACUUAACUUGGAAUCAACCUUUCCGCUUGCGCCAUUUACCGUCCCGUCAAUAUUUACGGGUUCGACAAAAUAAUAAUACUGGUCUGAUGCAAAUUACAGCUGAUACGAUUACUGAUGAUAGUGAAUAUGAAGAUUUUACUUUUUGCUUUCAUUCUGUUAUCAAGGAACCUUUGGAACAUAUUUUAAAUGACAGUUACGUUAGAAUGGAACACAUAGCAAGUCAUUCUUGGCUACACGUUUGCAAAAAUCAUUAUAUUCGCUCAUCGAAUGGUGGUAGCACUAUUUCUGGAUCUUCAGAUCUAAUGGACAUAAAGUGGGAAGACAAGGAAACUUAUCAAGUGGACUUCGUCAAGAUUUCCAAGUCUCACGACAUAUUUUGUGUUCAAGAGGUUGAUGAACAGUUGAUUACUAGAUUUAACUAUGUCGCUGGAUUUAUUCCUUUACUAAAGAAAUUUGUCAAGGAGAGAGAACAAGGUUUGCUGUGUACCGAAAAGGAUAAAAAUGCUGUCGUGGCUGCCCUAAAUGACUUGAAAGAAUUUCAAUAUGAGCAAGGCGAAGUUAACUUAAUAAAUCAAAAGUGUUUGCGAGAUUACAAGAUUGUUGAUAUUGCAAUUCGGUUGAUGCGAUUAUGGGAACGACGAUUUUCUCUUCCAGCAGAUCAAAGAAAUAAAAAUAAGUUAUAUCUUGCAAGAUAUAUUCCAACUAUACAAAAACAGAUUGGUCCAGAAAUUCAGUGUGAAAAAUUACUAAUCGAAUUGAUGAAGGAUAAUAAAUGUAUUCUGAAUCAAAUAACAACAAACCAUAUCGAUAAUCUAAUCGAUACAUUACGUAAUAGCAAGAACUAUCUUUAUCUUGACUUUUUGGCUGCUUUAUGUGUUAGUGAUGGCUGCUCUUUACCCAAUAAUCAAGAAUAUAUUGCCAAUGAAUUAUUCAAACAUGAAUCAGCUAUCUUACUAUAUCGUAUCUACCUUGGAGAAGAAAUAUAUUUAAAACACGGCGUCGUUUAUAUUGGUUAUAAAGGAAGCAAAGAAUGGAAGCCAAUUCAACAAUUUCUUGAAUCACAAGCGAAUGGCCAACUAAAUAGUCGAUACCUUUACCUUAAAAAGCAGCUGUACCUUUUUUGCAAGCUUUGCUGGGGAAGAAAUUGGCGGGUUUUUCGUAUUUUGAUUGAUGAAAAGAAAAUGUUUUCUCUAUCUGCUGUUUGUGCUUGUGUACGCGACUGCCGUUUACCUCCCAGUCUUCGAGCACAAUUUUGUUAUAUAAUCCGUGAUAUCUAUAUGUCCGGUAGAAUCCGUUCUUCCAUUGCAAGUUUAUACAGCCUUUCCUUUAACUACAACAUCAGUGAAACAGAUGAUUUUCCGAAUGAUUUUGCAAAGAAUUUUACAGCGUGGGAAUUAUUCCAAAUCAAUGACUUAAAAUUGUGGUGCUUGACAUUUCUAUCCAAGAAAACGCAUAUGAUUGCAUCUCAAAUUGAUCUUAAUAAAUUUAUAAUUUCGAUAUUGAAAUUAAUCCAUAGCUUUGUCGAAGAGGGGUUAUAUCAAGAUAUGGAAAUAAAAUCAUUAAUAAAAUCCAUUUCAUUCAUAAUUAAUGGAAGCAUGGAUACGCCUUAUCACACUAUACCGAUGAAAAGCUAUAAAUUGGUAGAAUUUCAAGCAUAUAGGAACAAAAGUAGAUUUGAACGGAGUAAAGAAAAUGGAUUCAUGGCCGAGGCAAAGCGCAGGGUUCUACGUACUUUAGAAAUGAUAUUUAAAAGGCAAUGCUAUCAAUAUGUAAAGCGAUUUAUACAGGAAUUUAGACAUGUUGAAAGCGAAACUAGAAGUAAGAAAAGAAAUUUCAGUAAGAAAUUUAAAGGCAGCGAUAAGUUUGCUUUUUUAACAAAGAUGAUGCAAAUUCACAAUUCGGAGGCUGUUAUCGCCUCUAUUAGAUUAGAUGAUCAAGCUAAAUUGUUCCUAGAUGGUCUUCGUGACGAAACGACAAAUUGGAACAAGUUUGAUUCAGAGUUCCUGUUAUUGGACCUUACUAAUUAUAAAUAUGAGUGCAUUAGUAAUAAUGCAAUCGCAGUUUUAAGUGCCAGAUAUUCUAUCUACCAAACAUUAUUUACCAAAAGCAAAGAAAUCCAGUUACUUAAAACUACAAAAUCGAUCCAACUGCAUGAUGAGAAUUUUUUAACCCAUCAAAACAUGAUCUGUGUUACCGUUUACAGUUUAUGUAGCCUGCGUGGUGAUGACGAAGAACCUCAUCCCAUAAAUCAGCAGUUACUAUAUAAUUGCGGAGUCUUUCACAUUGUCUUGGACAUGGUAAAAUUGGAUGCUGGUGAUUACACCGAGACUUUUGCCGGUAAUCGAGCUACUUGCUGUAAGAUUCGAAAGCAACAUGUUGAGAAAAUAAUGGUAUUACUAAUUAAGAAUCCGCAUAAGCCACUAUUAAUAGAUUUACUCUCCAGUUUCAUCAAGGUUGAUUUAUUAAAUCCACCUAUCCUUCGAAAUCAAGCCAUAAUUUCAACGGCAGUUUUGGAUCAUCAAUCAGAAGUAUUGGACAUCUUGAGUGCAGAGAAUAAAUUAAAAAGACGUCAUUUCAUACAAAUGGGUGCUGAUCAUUAUGGAUUACUUUACUUGCUAAAUAUGAUCAAUCUUUUAUCUCAAUGUGCUGAGGGUAAUAAUCACUGUCUUGAGUCAAUUUGUCAAGAAUUACUACCUAUAGAUGAAAUUUUCGAUGUAUUGCUGGAAAUAAAUAUUCCAAUCUACAUUAAAAUACCAUAUUUAAAGUAUUUGACUUCUGUAUAUAUGUACGCUGGGAAAGAUGAAACAGAAAAAUUAAUGUUACAGACUCAUCUAAAAAGCGAUCUGUGGUCGUUUAUUCAAAACAUUCUGCAAAUCCUACAAGCUUUAAAUGAUCAGAUUAAUCGACAAGUAUAUUUUGAAUUAUACUUUCAAUUUGAAUCUGAAGAUGAUUCAGUUUAUCAUGGCCAGAUGAAAGUAGUUAGGGAAUUGACCUUGCUACUUCAUCAACUGGCGAACAAUACUAUCCGAGUCCUCACUGACAAACAUCAGUUUCAGAUUUUGAAAGACACUGUAAUUUAUCUCAUGCUUAAAUUUAGUAAUAUAAUACAGGCUAAAAUCGAACAAUCUGAAUACCAUCCAUUAGAUUUAAUCAAUCACGAUUUUAAUGCAAUUAAUCCUGCUCUUCAACAUUAUAGAGUUGUAUACGGUGAGGAAAAGCGCUUAAAUAAGCUGUUUUCUCAAUACGUUAAUAAUUUUCGAACUACUUAUGCCAACGGAAACAUUAUCAAGACACAACCAGAAAAAGAUGAGAUUCCCUUGGCAAAACAAGCUAACAUCGAAUUUGGUACUAUGAAACUACCACUUGGCAAAGAAUUCCAAGAUUAUGUUGCCUGCUUUACUUCCACACAUUCUGUUGUUCAUCAAUCCAUUGCUAGCAUUAUUAGCCAGCUUGGGUCAGUAUUAAACGAUAAUACUGAUACCGAAAUGGAUAGGCAAAUGAAAAAACAAUUAUAUAUUCGAUAUCUGCAGGUUCUAAGGGCUACUAUCCAUAACGAAAUUGUUCGUUUACCAUCUAAAAUAAGAUACGAGCCAUGGAAAUAUCGGCAAAGGCUCACGGGAGUUAAGCAUGCCCAACAAGCUAUAUUAGUAGACAAAACGGCUGUUUGCAAGAUUCUCUCACUGAUCGUCCAUCCCUGUAGUGAUAUAGUUCGUGAAGUCCUUGCACUACUAGAAGUUUUACUAUAUGGCAGAAAUUCUAAAAUACAAGAUCUGUUUGAGAGUUACUUGUUAGGUACAAGAGAGGAAACAUUUUUUAUGGAGGUCCAUAGAUACAUUCUAGUUUAUAUGGAUAACAUUAAGGAAAGGCAGCAAUUAAAGCGUCUAAAUGAUUGGAAAGAGCGAAAAUUAACAAUUUUACAUGCCGCACUAAAAACUAGCGGCCAUUACAAGAAAUCCUCGGAGUCAGCUAUCACUUUAAAACAAAAUGAAGAUGAAAUAAUGGAGAAAUUGGGUCAGAAUUCCAAGCCAGUUUUGGAUAAUUACGAAUAUGGGUAUAUCAAACUCAUUUUAGCCAUAAUUGCUGGUUUAUGCGAUGGUCAUCGCUACUCGCUACAGGAUUACAUUCGAUAUCAAUGGAACCAUAUUCAAUCAUUUGAUAUCGUAUCAGACUUGGCUUUAUUGCUGAAAACUAUCUGCCAAGAAAUUGACAGCUAUGAUGUGAAUAUUCUCUGCCAGAUACUACGCACGCUUUCUAGCCUGUCUCAAGGGAACGAAUUAAAUCAGCAGCUACUGCUCAAGUAUAAAGUUCCUUGUAUGCUAACGACCAUAUUGAGAGAAUUGAAUUCCACAUGUUCCUCUCUAUGGGUUGUUCAAUUAGAAAACGCAUGCCUAAACCUAUAUUGGCAUUUUCUAGAAAGUACUGAAGAGAUAAGUGACCAACUCUUUAAGGAAAUGCAAAUGGCUGAUUAUCAAUUGUUUCAAUUAAUCCUUUGCAGUCUAUAUGAGCAAAUUACUGCCCCCAUAUCAAGAGAAUCCAAUAGCAGCCAUUUGCAGGGAGAAAAUUGUAUUCAAGCUGGCAUAAUGUUGUAUCGAAUAAUAAUGCGGUUAAAGGAUGCAACUGAUGACCAUGGGAAGCUAGGCUUUUAUUUGUUUGAUAACUUGGCUGAAGAGAAUGAAAGUUUGGGUUACCGUUUUAUCAAAUUAGUACCAGGCUUGCCGCAAUUUUAUCACUGUUUGGACUAG